AUGGAUGGUAAUCGUGUGACUGAGAACCGAUGGCCCAACCGCCAACCGCCCGUAGUGCGUCCCUCCGACGACGUUCACAGGAAGCAACAAAUGACCGUGACUCUCGUCGGCUGGGCUGAGUCAGACGUAGCGAUGGCGACAGCUGUCGUUGCAGACAUUUGGCUGGUUUUCGGUAAAUCAGCCAACAACGUUGCACGCACCUGUGUCAGCGACGGCUGCUCGCCGGAAAUGUCAUAA